AUGGCGGAUUUUUUUUCUUCAGGAACUGCCAACACUGGCGGGAAUCACGGCGCAGCAGCAGCAGCAGCAGCAGCAGCAGCAGCAGCAGCAGCUGCUGCUGCUGCUGCUGCUGCAGCUGAGGCCACAAGUGGAGCCCCAAGACCUCACGCAGCUUCUCACACUGGCAGCCAAGCAAAGCCUGAAGUCUGGGGGGCCCCCUGGGCCCCCGCCUUUGACUCGGAGGGGCCCCAGGUCCCUGGGGAGGCUGCUGCUGCUGGCAGCAGCAGCAGCAGCAGCAGCCGCAGGCCGAGCUGCAGCAGCAGCAGCAGCAGGAACAGCAGUGCUGCUGCGGUGAGGGGCCCCCCGAAGCGAGCUAGGGCCCCUGCUGCUGCAGCACCUCCUUCAGCUUUUGCUGCUGCUCAUCAGAGGGGCCCCCAAAACCCCAAAAGAAAUAAAGCCAAAAGAAAACCCCUGAGGCCCUCCGUGCUGCUGCGGCUGUCCCCUCACCCGCUGCCCCUCUUCCAGCCAGCAGAGUCCCAGCAGCAGCAGCAGCAGCAGCAGCAGCAGCAGCUGGGGGCCCCCCAGCAGCUGGGGGCCCCCCCUUCCUUCCGGGGGCUUUCUUCUAGGGUCUCUCAAGACUUUGGGGGGCAGGCAGCGGAAAGGGAGGCGCAGCAGCAGCUGCUGCAGCUGCAGCUGCGGCAGCAGCAGCUGCGGCAGCAGCAGGUGCGGCAGCAGCAGCUGCAGCAGCAGCAGCGGCAGCUGCAACGCGAAGUCCACAGCCAAUAUGGGCGGAUGCUGCGCUGGCAGCUGCAGCAGCACCAGCAGCAAGGGGAGAUACUGCGGCAUUUGCUGCAGCAGCACGAAGAGGAGUACGAGGAGCACCAGCGGCAGGUGCAGCAGCGCCAGCUGCAGCAGCAGCAGCAGCAGCAGCAGCAGCAGCAGGAAAGCGGCGGUCACUCCAGCAGCAGCUCAUCAGCUGUCGCUGCGAGGCGGCUUUCCGAGGACCGCAGCAGCUUUUCGCGCAGCAGCAGCAGCGUGAGCAGCAGCAGCGUGAGCAGCAGCAUCGGCAGCAGCGUCAGCAGCAGCAGCAGCAUCAUCAUGAACCACAGCAGCAGCAGCAGCAGCAGCAGCAGCGGGGUGGAGACUGAGAGCUCCUUUGCCCCCCCGUCUCACAUGUCCAGCAGCAGGGCCUCCGUUGCUUCUGACAGCGAGGGGGGGGCCCCCCUGGCUGCUGCAGCAGAGGAGGGCGCAGUGGCUUCCGGAGCAGCAGGAGCAGCAGCAGCAGCAGCAGCAGCAGCAGCAGCGCUGCUGCCGGUGCCUGCUGCUGCGCAGCAGCUGAUAUCGGCGCUAGCCUACGGGCUCACAGGGCGGGAGGGGGAGCAGCAGGAGGCGUCAGCAGCAGCAGCAGACGCAGCAGCAGCAGCAGACGCAGCAGCAGCAGCAGCAGCAGCAGCAGCAGGCCCGCGGCUGGCCGAGGGGGUGUUUGCGUGGCUGCCCACGGGGUGUCUGCACAGCAUAUUUCACUAUUUGCUGCCGGAGGAGAUCCUGCGGGUUUCGGGUGUAUGUACAGCUUGGCGAGCAGCAGUUUUCGACUGCAGCGGGGCCUUUUGCUGCGUCACUUCCGUGUCUUUGGGGGGCCCCUGGCUGCUGCUGCAGCAGCUGCAGCGGCAGCGCGUGCUGCUGCAGCUGCAGCGGCUGCAGCAGCUCGAGGUGCCCGCCGCGAGCUUCUGCUGCACCACCACCACCAGCACCAGCAGCAGCAGCAGCAGCAGCAGCAGCAGCAGCAGCAGCAGCAGCAGCAGCAGGAGGAGGAUCCCGCUGACGCUGAAGGAAGUGGCGUGCGUGGUGGCGCGGAACUGCAGCAGCCUGCAGCAGCUGCUGCUGCGCUCCCCCGAGUCCCCGCUGCAGGACUUCUCGCCUCUGAGUCCUCCCUUUUCUUUAAAACCUCUUUUAUUUCCUUUUUUGAAAAAACUUUUCAUUUCCGGAUCUCAAACUCCCCAAUGGCUGCACCUCUUGGCCCUCGCCAAGUGCCCGCGGCUGCAGCGCCUGCAGCUCGCUUACUUCCCCCUCCCCGCCAGCCACUGGUCCUGGAACGUGCUGCCCGACUACACGGCGCUGGGGCUGCGGGGUCUGCUGCGGCUGCUGAACGAAAUGCCGGCCUUAGAGAGGCUCACUUUGGGGCUGCAGGUGCGGCCAGACUCAGCAGCAGCAGCAGCAGCAGCAACAGCAGCAGCAGCAGACGCAGACGCCCUCCACCAAGCCCGAAUCGCCGCCAGCAGCAGCAGCAGCAGCAGCAGCAGCAGCAGCAGCAGCAGGGUGCAGGUGACGGCCUUGGGGGGCGGGUGGAGCUACUGGGCAGUGGAGGGGCCCCACAGGGGCCCCCAGGGGGGCCCCCUGAGGUGGGGGGUGGGGGCCCCCCCUGUGGAGGCCCAGGGGGGCCCCGAACCCUUUGGGGGCCGUUCUGCUGCUGCAGCAGCAGCAAAAGGGGAAAUAACAGAAGCAGACUUAAGUGACAUUUUUGCUGUUGUUUAUACCCGCGCAGGAGCAGCAGGAAACCUCAAAAGGAUCACUUUUAUUCAAAGAGACCCCGCAACUCUCCAGGGGGGCCCCUCCGCGGGGGGCCCCCUGGGGGGCCCCCUGGGGGGCCCCCUGGGGGCCCCCGAGGGGGGCCCCCCGGGGGGGCCCCUCAGGGCCCUCCAAAGUGAAGUUGAAAAUGUUGCAGACUUUAUGGCCCGCGCAGUAACUUUCUGUUCGAGCUAUGUCGGCAGCAUUUUUAGAGCGGAGCAGCAGCAAAACAACACCUGA